AUUUUUGCAAGAUAUUUGCGAACGAAGAAUCUUCUGCUUCCAGCGUGCACCGCAGGAGGCGUUUGAGUGUAGGACUCCCGUAGGCCGGAACCAAAAGCUCGAAAUGCUGAGGCUCCGGAGCUUCUUCGCGUUUGGACAAGGGCCCCGGAAGUGGUGAGAGCGGAGUCUGCGCGGACGCCUGAAGUCCGCCUUUCAGCGAAGAUGCUGCUGGACUUGUCCGAGGAGCAUAGGGAGCACCUGGCCUUCCUGCCGCAAGUGGACAGCGCGGUGGUCGCCGAGUUUGGGCGGAUUGCGGUGGAGUUCCUGAGGCGAGGUUCGAACCCCAAGAUCUACGAUGGCGCUGCCAGAAAACUCAAUGUGAGUAGUGACACUGUCCAGCAUGGUGUGGAAGGAUUAACGUACCUCCUCACUGAAAGCUCAAAGCUCAUGAUUUCUGAACUGGAUUUCCAAGACUCUGUUUUUGUUCUGGGAUUCUCUGAAGAAUUGAACAAGUUGCUGCUUCAGCUUUAUCUGGACAACAGAAAGGAGAUCAGAACUAUUCUGAGUGAAUUGGCACCAGACCUUCCCAGUUACCACAGCCUUGAAUGGCGACUAGAUGUACAGUGACCUGAGUCACCCCGGAGAGGAAACUAAGCAUUGAUGAAGAGUUUGAAGUUUGUUUGUUUACAACGCACCCGUCGGCGAAGCCGCAUCUCCUAACUACAGAGGCACUUUCUGGGCACCGUCUGCACUGGAACAGACAAUUGAAAGCCAAACAGACCAGAUGCCUCCUCGCCAGACCAAAUAUGGUCACAAGCGCUAAGCAGUCUCCCGUGGAAAGGCUGGCCUUGUCGGUGUCUCCCCGCGCAGGGGCGCAACCAGGCCCGCCCUCGGGCAGAACCACAGAUCCGUGAGGCGCUCCGGGCCCUCCGGCCUCGACACUCCGCACGAUGGGAGGGCGCGGCGCCCAGGACCAGCCCUUCCUGGGCCUGAGCCCCUCACCCGCGUGCCCUCCGCCUCCCCCCGCCUUGGUUUCGGUCCACAAGCUCUUGAUUAAACAGGCUCGGGUCACUUUCCCUUUGAUCCCGCCCCAAGUCCCUAGUAAAGUCAAAGGAAUGCAGAUCCAGAGCUCCGCGGGAGAGGUCCGCGCGACCUGGAGUGGGCGGGGGGGACCCG